GCUAGAGACCCAGAGGCGCAGAGCGGAGAGGUCUGCAGCGAGGAUGGAGGGCCUGGCAGUACGGUUGCUGCGCGGCAGCAGGCUGCUAAGAAGAAAUUUCCUGACUUGUUUGUCUUCUUGGAAGAUUCCUCCUCAUGUCUCAAAAUCUUCCCAGUCAGAAGCUCUACUCAAUAUAACAAAUAAUGGAAUAAACUUUGCUCCCCUGCAAACACUUACAGAUGAGGAAAUGAUGAUAAAGAGUUCAGUUAAAAAAUUUGCUGAGGAACAAAUUGCACCUUUGGUUUCAACCAUGGAUGAAAAUUCGAAAAUGGAGAAAUCAGUAAUACAAGGAUUAUUUCAACAAGGGUUGAUGGGUAUUGAAGUUGACCCAGAAUAUGGAGGCACAGGAGCUUCAUUUUUAUCCACUGUGCUCGUGAUAGAGGAAUUAGCCAAAGUUGAUGCAUCUGUGGCUGUCUUUUGUGAGAUCCAGAACACACUAAUUAACACACUGAUUAGAAAACAUGGAACAGAAGAACAAAAGGCCACCUAUUUGCCUCAGCUCACUACAGAAAAAGUAGGAAGUUUCUGCCUUUCAGAGGCUGGAGCAGGUAGUGACUCAUUUGCUUUGAAGACCAGAGCUGAUAAAGAGGGAGAUUAUUAUGUCCUCAAUGGAUCAAAGAUGUGGAUCAGCAGUGCUGAGCACGCAGGGCUCUUUCUGGUGAUGGCGAAUGUAGACCCUACCAUUGGAUAUAAGGGAAUUACCUCCUUCUUAGUAGAUCGUGAUACUCCGGGCCUUCAUAUAGGGAAACCUGAAAACAAAUUGGGGCUCAGAGCUUCUUCCACCUGCCCAUUAACAUUCGAAAAUGUCAAGGUUCCAGAAGCCAAUAUCUUGGGACAAAUUGGACAUGGCUAUAAGUAUGCCAUAGGGAGUCUUAAUGAAGGUAGAAUAGGAAUCGCUGCACAGAUGCUGGGACUGGCGCAAGGAUGUUUUGACUACACUAUUCCAUAUAUUAAAGAAAGGGUACAAUUUGGCAGAAGACUAUUUGAUUUUCAGGGCCUCCAACACCAAGUGGCUCACGUGGCCACCCAGCUGGAAGCUGCAAGAUUACUAACAUACAAUGCUGCUAGGCUUUUAGAAGCUGGAAAGCCAUUCAUAAAAGAAGCAUCAAUGGCCAAAUACUAUGCAUCAGAGAUUGCAGGACAAACAACGAGUAAAUGUAUCGAGUGGAUGGGGGGAGUAGGCUACACCAAAGAUUACCCUGUGGAGAAGUACUUCCGAGAUGCAAAGAUUGGUACAAUAUAUGAAGGAGCUUCCAACAUCCAGUUGAACACAAUUGCAAAGCAUAUCGACGCAGAAUACUGACGUCUGGAGGAGUGGGACCCCUCCCUGGUGUCACUGCUGUAAAAUUUUAAACUGUUAAGUCUUGUUGGGAGUAAGUGCCUUGCAUGGGAAUAAACUUCCACAGCAUUCAAAUAUUUUAUUGAAGCCCUUAGUCAAAGUCUGGGGGUUGGCCUUUUUGGUUUUCUCUUUUCAGGCUGUUUAACUUAGGCACAGGAGAUCCACUUUUAAACUUGGGAAAUAAGCAUCUGCAUUUUUUUCCAAAACUGUUUUUAAAGCUCUAUACAUAUACAUAUAUAUAUAUUUUUAAUCUGAGACAGAGUCUCACUCUGUCACCCAGGCUGGAAUGCAGUGGCGCGAUCGCAGCUCACUGCAGCCUCGACCUCAUGGGUUCCAGUGAUUCUCGUGCCUCAUCCUCCCAAGUAGCUGGAACUACAGGGGUGCACCACCAUGCCUGGCUCAUUUUUGUGUUUUUAGUAGAGAUGGGGUUUUACCAUAUUGCCCAGGCUGGUCUUCUGGCUUCAAGAUAUCGCCCACCUUGGCCUCCCAAAGUGCUGGGAUUACAGGGAUGAGCUACCGUGCCUGGCUGGAUAUUUACAUUAUCAUUCUAGUUUCAGAGUAUACAGAAGUUUCAUCCCAUUAUUUGGAAAAAUAAAGGCAUCUGAAGUACAACAUUACUUAUAGAAAUAGUUUAUAUUCCUAUUAAAUCUUAAUCUUGUAGCAUCAGAGAAAUAUUUGUUACAUAGUAGGCAAUUUUUAUCCAAUACUUUUUAGAUUCAACUCUAAGUUGCAAGUGAAGUCAAAACUGAUGAAAAUUUAUUUAGAAAAAUCUAAAAAUUCUGGUUUUAAAUAUGAGAAUCAGUGGAAAAUAAGGGUAUAAUUUUCUAGGUCAUAUAAUUGAAGAAAAUAUUAUUUUAACAAUGUAAAGCAAUAUGAUUUGUUACUAUAAUUAACCUGUAUAAAAGACACAUUUUAUGGUGGUUUCAGUAGGUCAUUUUAAAAACCAAUAUGCAUUAGUUUUCAAGUAUAAGGUUUAAGUAAUUUGAUUUAAUAAUCAGAAAAUAUUCAAUACAAUGUUGGAUAUCCUGUCAUGUACUAUUUUUCAGUUGACAAUUUCUGUAUUUUAAUUGAAUACUGUUUCUUCAGUCAUGGUUAUUGCACUUUAUCCUGAAUAAUAAUUCAGAAAUUGGGUUUUGGUUCAGUGAUUCUCAAGAGAAAGAUCUCUUGCCCAUUAAGAAGUGUAUCAAAAUCUCAUAAGGAAUGAGGGAGAGAAGGGGGCUGUAGAGUUUGAAAAAGCAUAUUCAAUAUUAAAAUAAUUUUAUAUUUGGGAAGGCAAAAAUGAAUCUAUUGUUUUGCAAUAUAGGUUAUAAACAGGCAAAAUGCAAUAAAAUAUAUAUCUGGUUGUA